AUGCCGAAGUACUACGAGGAUAAGGAGGAGGAUUCUCACCCCUGUGCAGGCUCAAAGGAGGAUCUGAAGAGCUGCCUGCUGGAGAGUGCCUGUGUGCUGCAGGAAGGAAAAACCCCCAAGCAAUGUUUAAAAGAAGGCCACUGCAAAUCUCUGCAAGUCAGCUUUUUUGAGUGUAAAAGAUCAGUUGUAAGUCCAUUUAUAUGUGUAAAUACUGCAGUAGUACUUGGCCAACCUUGA